AUGCGAUGCGCGAGCAAGGCCGCCGAGAGCGCGUCUGCACGUCUCUGUGCGGACGCCGAAGCAGAAACCACAGCAACUGAUGUCCCAUCGGUUGCUGAAGCGACCCAGCCUGUGUCACUUGGUGAUGCAGGCGCUGGUCAUGAAGACACUCGUGUCUUCACAGAGUACGAGCUCGGUGUCUCGUACUCUCCUGAUACGGAUGACGGAUCCGUAUCGACGGCAAUUGAAUCCAAGCCGCCUGCCAAGCGUGGCAUGGACGAUGCUUUGCGUCGCAGCAUCUUUGGUUCAUCUGACGAAUCAGAUGAACCAUCGCCGAAGCGAAGGCGCUCGAGGUCGCGAGACUCGGGCGCUAAUAGUGGUGUCGGUUCUCCUAUGGACACCACUUCACAGCGAGGUGCCAGUACUUCUGUCGGCACGUCGCAGGAAGAGCGGGACCGCAAUGACUUGCGUCUCGCUCCAGAAAAGAAGGCAUGGAUGCCUCCUAAAUCCGUCAUGGAUCACUUGUCGGCGACGACGAGUGAUCGUUAUCGAACACGAUUGUUCGAUUCGUCAAGGAUCCAUCACCUUGACCCCAGCGCGAAAGACUAUCGCGCUGAAAAUGAAUUCUUCAUCGAUGCUUUCUCCAGACAUCGAUGGUACAGUGGGAAUAACAACGUGAUGGUCCCUCACUACUUCAGGCGUGGAACGCCUACAUCCAUAACCUCGAGGAUGUAG